AUGCCACCGUCAAAACGCAAACCCCGUCGCAAGCAGGCCGAUAUCCUCGAGUCCUCCGAACUCGAUCUUCCCGACUCCUCGCCGACGCGGCCGUCGGCAAAGAAACGCAAGGUGAAUGGAGGGCGCGCCGUCGCCAAACGAAAAUCCACGUCUCCUGAACCUGAACUCUCUCCCGCCCAGGACUCGGGUGACGAAACAGAAGAACUAUCCCAGACUGACCUCGUAGAUUCUGUGGUUUCCUACCUGCAAGUCUCCAGAGAUCCCAUUGUUGCGGCAGCAGAAUACUCCAACGACAAGCCACAAAACAACAGCCCGCAAAAAGUGUCCGCGUACGCGAAGAUUGCUGGAAGAGAUUGGACAUACUUCGUGCGUGAACAGUCGGUUAACUUUGGAAGGCCACCGGACGACCGUCCAACCGUGAGUGGUGCUUCGAGCCCUAUUACAGACCUGAAAGAAGUACUUCCUGUUCACAUCGAUCUCGGGCCCAGCAAAAUCGUCUCGCGGCAUCACGCCUCAAUAUACUACGAUGCUGAUUACCCGGUCGACAAGGGAGGCUGGCACGUCAGAGUCAAUGGGAGAAACGGUGUGCGGGUCAACAACGUUUUGAUCAAGAAAGGCCUGCGGAGGCAGAUCAGAUCUGGUGACAUUAUAGAAAUCGCUGGCACGCAGAUGAUGUUUGUCACCCCGGGAGACAAGGCUCAAAUUGAUCAAUACUUCAUCGAUCGAGCCAAAGCACUGGCUGCGGGCGAAGAGGUACCUCAGCCCCAGAUCCAAGUUGAGCCGGCCAGGCACAGCAGCAUAUCGUAUGGAUCUCAGGCAUUUCCCUCGCUCGCGCCGGCUCCGCCUGAUUUCAAAAGAGAAACCACGCCACCGUCGAACGAUGCAGGGAAGCAACAGCGAGGCGUUUUCGACAGCAAGGCCCCCAUAUCGCCUAUGUACGGCCGCGGAAUGCUGAUGCAGAGCAACCAGGAUAUCGACUACAGUCGGGACACUGCCAAAGACCUUAAGCCACCGUUCAGUUAUGCCACCAUGAUCGCCCAGGCAAUCUUCUCUAGCGAGGAGGAAAAGCUAACCCUAAGCAACAUCUACUCUUUCAUUGCGGAAAAGUAUGCCUUCUAUCGUCACUCAAACAGUGGCUGGCAAAAUUCGAUCCGGCAUAAUUUAUCGCUCAACAAAGCGUUUCAAAAAGUCCCUAGGCGUACCGACGAACCAGGGAAAGGUAUGAAGUGGCAGAUUGCACCUGAAUUCCGUGAGGAAUACUGGAAGAAGCAAGCCCGCCGUGGAGGGUCUGCGCCUUCUUCCCCCGCGGCAGGCAAAGACGUCAAUCCCAACUUCAGAGGUCCAAAUGGGCAGAAUCUAGGUUACGACACAAGUAUGGUCAGCCAAUUUUCCGCUCGCGAUGGGAGUGAUCGGCCAGGCCCUCCGCCCCCGAACAUUGGUCUACAAUUUCCUCCAUUCAAUGCAGGACCUCCCGGCCCUCCGGGCCCAUUCCCGCCUGGGCCAACUCUGGCUCCGCCUGUGAAUGCCCUUGAAGCCAUCACACCUCAAAGACGAAGGACGGGCACCCAGAACACCCUCCCUGACCUGGAGUUGGAAGAGUCGCCACUGCCACAUCGUCCAGGCCCGACACCUCGCCUCGGAAAUGGUCUACCUGCUUAUACUUUACCGUCGUCGGUCCCGCCGUCGCAUCAUUCGCCGGCGAACCCGACUCUUUCGUCAUCCUACCUUGACACUCCAUUCCACCGCUCGCAACAUAGCAUGGUCACUCCAGCACCACUCAGGCAAAACCCCAGAUUGGCGCCUCCCAGCACACUGGUAGCUCCCAGCAAAUUUAUGCCUGAAUCGUCUCCUGCCGGCCCGAGUUUGUUCUGGAAAGGCUUGAUGGCGGUUACUCCAGGCCAGGCUUUGCCCGACAUAUCUCCGGUCAAGGAGGAAUCUCCCAGGGCCAAUGGGCUCGAUCGUCACGUUAUGAGUUCCAGCCCACCGCCUAUGGAUGGAGUUGUUGGUAGUCCUAGCAAGCCGGCGAGAAGCAGCCAGAUGCCGCCUGGCUCGAGUUCCAGUGUCAAGAAAGACGGCACGCCUGCAGCAAGACAACGAGAAACCGCAAGUGCCGAGAAGGAAACCAAGUCUGGUCGCAGCACAUCGACGGUCCCAUCGGUCAAGUUGAAUCCCACUAAAGCAGAAGCCCAAGAUGAUGACAACGACGACGAUGAUGACGGAGACGGUGGCUUCGACCUUGCAAAGGGGUUCGCGCCCAUCGCAAGGGGCAGUCUCCCUUCACAACGGAGUAGUAGUGUUCGAGCAGGGUCUUAA